AUGUCCACGAUGCAAGAACAAGGUAUAGAAGUAGGGGUCAAGGGAUUGAAGUGUCAAGAGUGUGGGAACCAAGCCAAAAAGGAUUGUGCAUACUCAAGGUGCAGAACCUGCUGCAAGAACAAAGGAUUUAAGUGCCAAACUCAUAUCAGAAGCACUUGGAUUCCUGUGGAUAGAAGACGCCAGAAAUUGGAGGAACAACUUCUCACCACUAAUCUUCAGGGAGAUAUUCCUAAAAGGCACAAGCACAACCCAUGCUUGGAGGAGUUCAAAUUUCCAUCUGUUACGAGUUCCAUGGCGUUGUUCAGCUGUGUUCAGGUGCGUUCUAUGGAUGACACGGUUAAUGAAAUCGCGUAUCAAACAUCUGUGAACAUUGGAGGACAUGUGUUUAGUGGUCUUCUUUAUGAUCAAGGACCUGAACAAAGCUUCAAUGCUAAGAGUGACAACAGCUCCAUAGACCCUUUUGAUCAACAACAACAAAAUCUCAAUCUCAGGAGUGUUUCAUUCCACAGUCGUGAUGGUGCAAGUGCAAUGCCUCCACUCUCAGCCACUACUUCUCAGGAACCAUUUUUUAUUCCACACCAUCCAUUUUCCCUAGCUUCCUUCAGACCUGAUCUGACAUACUUGUCACACCCAAAAUCUUAA